GCGUUUCCCAGCAUGCAUCUCGAUUCAGUGCGGAGGAAAAUGAAUUCGGCCAUGUCGUGCUAAACCCAGGCUGAAAGAAAACGACAUCGAAUUAGCGAAAAACAUCCUUCAGUCCGAUAAAACCUUACGCAAAGAAGAUCAGAGGAGUCGAGCAGGCGCACGGGAGUGAAUUCAAGCGGAAAGAUGAGCGGAGGGACGCCUUAUAUCGGCAGCAAGAUCAGUCUGAUCUCAAAGGCCGAGAUCCGAUAUGAGGGAGUUUUAUACACGAUCGACACUGAGAACAGCACUGUAGCUCUGGCUAAAGUGAAGUCCUUUGGCACUGAGGAUCGUCCUACGGACAGACCGAUCCCUCCUCGAGAUGAUGUCUUUGAGUACAUCAUAUUCAGAGGAAGUGACAUCAAAGACCUGACGGUGUGCGAGCCGCCCAAACCCACCUGCAACCUUCCUCAGGAUCCCGCCAUCGUGCAGUCCUCUCUGGCAUCCACCGCCGGCCCCACGGCUCCUUCCUUCCAGUCGUACACCCCCUUCAGUCGGGCCCCGUACAGCCAGUUCAGCUCCAGUCCGCUGGUACCCCAGCCGUUCGGAGCGGCGGUCACGGGUGGAAGCAGCUCAGGUCCUGCGUUCGGUAGCGAGGCGAGCACUACUGCCCCUCUGUCCCAGAGCUCUGCUCUUCCCCCGCACUCUCGCUCGCUGAGUGCUACCAAACCCGAAGGUCGUUCCAGCCCAUCUCUGGAGCCCUCGAGGAAGACUCCGACCCUGGAGCAUGCGGUCCAGACGGCCCCGGUCGCUCCCUCUGCAGCUGCAACCAGUACGGUGAGUCAGAGGAGCCCCGGGACGGCCCGACCUGCUCUCAGCACCCAGAAGUCUGCUGAAAACCAGGAACAGAAAGCUACAGCGUCUGAUGUUCAGAAGGUUCCCCGGCCAGAAUCAGACUCAAACAGGCCUGACAACAAAGACCCAAACAAACGGCAGUCUGGUGCCGGCGCUCCGCCAAUGAGAAAGGGGCGGGGCAGUGGUGGCGGAGGUGGCGGUCAGCGUGGACGGGGCAGGUUUAAUGGGCGUAGAGAUGGACCAAUGAAAUUUGAGAAGGACUUUGACUUUGAGAGUGCCAAUGCCCAGUUCAAUAAGGAAGAGAUCGACCGCGAGUUCCAAAACAAACUCAAGAUUAAAGAUGAGAAGAGUGAGAAAUCAGAGAAGACUCUGAACGGGGAGGAGAAGACCGACUCGGGUGUGGAAACCCAGAACAGUGAAGGCAACGCUGAUGAGGAGGAUCCACUGGGACCCAACUGUUACUAUGACAAAUCUAAGUCCUUCUUCGACAACAUCUCCUGUGAUGACUCCAGAAAGGAGAGAUCAGGAGGUGCUUCUGGAAGGGAACGGAGACAGACCUGGGCGGAGGAGAGGAGGAUGAACGCAGAGACGUUCGGUAUUCCGCUGCGUCACAAUCGCGGGCGCGGGGGUUUCCGCGGCAGAGGUGGCGGCAUGGGCUUCCGUGGCGGUCGCGGGCGUGCAGCUAGCAGGGGCUCGUUCAUGCCCUCCCGCGGGGGCGGACCCGGAUACAGGGGCGGGUUCAGAGGCGGCAGAGGCGGACGAGAGUUCUCUGACUUUGAAUACAGGAAGGAGAACAAAGUGGCGGCGUAGUCCAACCCGAAGACCAGAUCAUCCGUACAGCCAAGAAAUCUCCGAUCAUCACCGUCUAGAUUAACGCUUUGGUUUUGACUCCUGACUAACGGGAACUGCCUCUCUCUGUUUAACACCAGCGCAGGCGACGCCUGCCUUCGGCUGGACAACGCAGCUUUGAGUUUUUCUCCUUUCUUCCUUUUUUAGAAAAAGAAAAAAAAACAUUUGCUGUUUUUUUGGAACCGUUUGAUCUGCAUUCGACACGUUCGGAAGGGAGAAUUUGUGUACAAAAUGCCGUAAAACUUCCGUGGAAUGACGACGACGACGAUUACUAUUAUUAUCUGGUAUUUUUGCAUCAACCUUUAGUUCCUUUGGUAAUCAACAGAAGAAGGUAUUUGAUAAUAUUCAGUUAGGUGUACAGAACCCCGCUGAUACUGUGAGCGCUCCUCAGUCAAAGCUUUAUUAUGCCAUGUUUUGUUUUUGUUUUUUUUGGAUCUGUUCUCAUCUUUCGAAGCACCAAAACCCGGUCUACAGGCUGCGGGGGUUGAAUCAGAGCUCUGCCACCCAAACUAAAUAAACGGCCCGCUGGAUACAGGUGCUUUCGCUUCAUUUAAUAGAUUGACAUGGUUUGUAGUACUAGCACAUUUUUCUUUCUUUAGUUCAUUAGUUUAUUACAGUCCCCGAAAUAUCCAUUUUUGCAGAUAAUCUGUUCUAGCUGUAGGUCACGCAAACACCCUGUCGUAUGAUUGAAUGUAUUGAUGAAUUCAACUCUUGUUUUUGUGUCCUGAAGUCCUCUCUCUGCCACUCUACGCAGGUUGUUUGGUUCUCCCUGCGGUUCUUCGUCUUUAAAAUGUAUUUUGAUAUUUGAGUGCCAGUUAUUCUUGCCUUUUGAUGUCAAUUAUGUACAUUAAACUAAGAGGGCUUUUUGAUAUAAACUCGACGCAAACCCCGAACGACGAGCCCCAUCACUGUUUAAUGCCGAGAUCUUCUGGAAAGAUCCUGAAACCCUUUAAGAACCAGAUUGGAUGUGUCGAAAUUGUGCACUUUAAAGACAAACGACGCCUGUGUAGGAGGCUAAAUUUGAUGUCAUGCCAGAAAGUGACUUGUUGAAAAGGAGGUUUUUAACAAUUGACAGUAUUUCAGGAUACAUUCAAACGAACUGAUGCAUUGUGUAGCUCUUCAAAAACUAAAUGGGAAAACUAAGUGUCCAUGAACCCCUCUAUUGUGAAUAGUUCUGUUUCCUGUUUGAUCCACUUGUAUGUUAACGUGUUGUUUCAGGUACCGGCCGUGUAUUGCUCUGUAAACGGAGUGAAGUUUGAUCCUGUCUUUCCCCUCUGAAUGUCACUGAAGCACUAGUUCCUGCACUGUUAAAAAGGAGUUAAUUAUUAUUUUUGGUGUGCUUCAUAUUUUUAAUUUGUUUCAGAGAUCCAAAGACUGAAUUACAGAUAACAUUUGGAGGAGAAAUGCUCUCUCUCUCAGCUGGUUCUGCAUUAUUUUUCCUCAGCGUUCGCUGUCUUGUCCGUUUCAUAGUUUUCAACUCUACUUGUAUUAGCUCAACCGCUCCCUUUAAAAAGCACUACGAACACGCAGGCAGCUAGUGAAAUGCGGUCUGACCGAUCACUCAGACCUGGGCAUGAUGGGAAAGCUCAGAGCGAGUCGCAGAUAUUGGUGCUGAGCAGCUGGAUUUGGACUGGAGCGAGAUGCGAAAUGAAUCCUCAGGCCUGAUGCCGUGAUGAAGUCGAAGCGAACCUUGUUAAACUGGACAGACGUGCAGAAUGUGACGUGUGUUACAGGGUUGAUGUGAUUUUUUUGUGGUCAGAGCUCUGGAGGAACUUGAUUGGCGAGUUUAUGAUUUUGUUUUGUUUUCCUGAAUUCGAGCAGUUGUACAUGGUGUGCUCUUAGAGGGCUUCAAACGGGGUAAACUGAGGUUUUUAUUCAACAAGAGAAAUAAAUAGUUGUUCAGUA